AUGCAACUUCAUUUAACUCUUAACAAUCAUACUAUUCAAGAGGUUAGAAAAGAAGUCAAAGCUUUUAAUUCUGCAAUGCUUACAUUAAAAGAAUUUGAAUUAUUAGAAAAGCUUAUUGAAAUUCUUUCUCUUUUCAAUAAAGUAACACAUUUUUUAAGUGUCUCCAAAUAUUCAACACUUGGUUUUAUGACACUGAUUUUAGAAGAACUUGCACGUCGACUUAAAUUUUUUACUGGACAAAAAGAAAAAGCAAUUCUU